CGGACCUCUUCGGCAGGCCCAUCACCCGCGACAAAUGCCCUCGCACAUUUUCACAAUAUUGUCAACCAACCUUUUAUUUUCGAGAUUCUUACUAAGUAGAAAUAACUAUCGUGUUGUCAGGACCUACAUCAACGCGUCUCCUUCAUCUGGCUGGUAAGCGCAAACAUCCACGUAAUGCAGAAUGUGACUUCACAACUGACUCCAAUGACAAUGAAAAACUAACACUAGUACACGUCCAUCAUGUGAUUGUUAGAUGGCAGUCAAAGAACCGAGUACCAUGUCCUGCAAAGGAAAAGUAAUCAUGCUGAUUGAGGAAACGAACCAAGAAUAAACGGAAACGAACCAGCACGCUGCAAAAUGUCGAUCCACCGUCCGCGAGCGCGUUCAAUCGCGAUUGACGCUGCCCUCGAGUAAUCAUAAUUGCUUUCGUAUGUUCUUGCCAUCUGCUCAAUAUCCUUGUCCUUCAAGUUGAGAAAGUACCGUUGAGCAGAUUGUUUGCAGUGAUGAUUAACAACUUCAACUACUCGUCUCGUCACUCCGACAACGAGCACUCAAUCUCCUCCAAGUAAUGCCAUUGUAUCUGAUCAACUUCUACAGUCUUUCGCCCAAAGGGUUGGUCGAGUUAACGCAGUUUGGAGGGUCGCGGUAUCGACCAGGCACUGUACCGGAUCAGGUUCGGCAAAGACAUUCCGCUGCAAACAGUCGGCGAGUGCAAACCACACAAGGGGGAAAACGACGCGGCGCAAAUACUCCCAGUCCACUGAAGCGAUUGCGUGCUGCUGCCUCAGUCGGAUCCGGGUUCGACGCCAGUAUCUACUCCGACCCGAACAAAUCGCCGCUGAAGCGGAGCCCCUCGCGUGGCAGCCCAUCCAAAAAACACCAAAUACGACAUGGUAGUGUAGUUGUACUAGUUAUUUACGUGUACUUUUAACAUCUUGGAGAAUUUGGAAGUUUCUUCUUGAAGAAGACUUAGAAGAAGAUUUUGAUUUUCUUACUUUCAAUUUACCACAAACACGAAGAUACAAGAUCCAUUUGCAUUUUCCAAUUUACUGUGCCAUCACUUCUCCACCAGGUGACACAUGGCUCUUUGAUGCAGUGUCUCGGAUCGCAGGGGAAAGGACGAGCAGCGAGCAACAACGGCUAGGCCUGUUUCAUCUGAAAGACCCAAGGAAAGUUGUGCAGGGUACUACAGGAACUUGUGAUCAUACGGAGCCAUCAAAAUCAAUAAUUCCAUCUGCUUAAUUUUUACCCCCGAUUGAAAUGUUUAUGACAAGUAUCAUCUCUACACCAGUAGGUAAUUAUGAGCUUUGUCAUCGCCAAUGCGAAUGCGUGUAUCCUCGUCCACACUGGUUGCAGGUAGUAAUCGCGAGCUCGAGAGUCGUAGUAGAUCCCGGAGCCAGAGCUCAGUUAGUGCCGCUGAGUUACUACGGAAGGCAGACCUCGCGUUGAUCUCGAAGAUCGAACAACUUCAGCAGGGUGAGAUUGGGCAAUUUGGAAACGGGACCUUUACAGAUGAAGAUCCUACUCGCGCAGGGACGUCGGCUUUGGAGUACCACUCGCGUGGCCUCACUUUCCUUCUGAACAGAAGGAGAGACAUCGCAGACCUGCUUUCGGCGACGAGUCUAGAGAAGCCCGGUGCCAUCAAGAAAGAAGGCGUACCAGGCGGGGCCGCAUCGUCUUCGUCCACUGCAACAUCGACAACACUCCCUGCAUUGACCGAUGAGGGGGAUUCGAGCAGUAGCGCAGGAGAGGAAGCUGGUGGAGGGACGAUGAUGAAUUUUCCCCGUCCGGCAACAACUGCGGCUACGAUGCGCAGUACCUCUGAAACCGUCGCGGCAGUGUCAUCUACUUCCGCGAAUACAAGUACACUGAGCGUUCCUUCUACUUCUCAUGGCGGUGUUGGAGAAGGAGGUCCAAGAAACAAGGCCGGUACUGGGUCAGGGCAUACUACUCGCGAUCGCCCGCCAGGGACAGCGCCAGCCGCAUCGACGAAUCUGGAGCAGAGUACAAAAAUAGCUGACAUUUUGCGCGAGGGGCGACUGCGAAGAGAGCAGAUAGCCAGGAAUCUCUUCGGAGCCCCCGCUGCUGCUCGCGUGCGACGGGAGCUCUUUCCACGCAAUAGUACGACGGGGAGCACUGAUGUGAACUACCCACAACAAGUGCUAGUUUCAUCUAACGCCGACAACAUCAUGUUGCUACCGAGUACCACAGUCCCGGACAUGGCUCCGAACAGCAAGACCAGCAACACCGCUACAGCCGCAGACGCUGGCGAGGGUGGCGCCUCCUUGGAGGUAGAGAGGCCAUCGACGUCCAGUCAUGGAAGUAUCUUCGUGCCAGGCUCAGAGCAUGGGCGAAUCGAAUAUCAACCGUCAGUGAAGUCACGACCUGCAUCGGAACGUGUGCGUCCUGCUCAAAACAAGCCCAGGACCACGAGUCUUAGCAGUCCAGCCGUAGAUUUUGUGCCCAUCGACGACGAGCCAACAGAUCCUGACGUAGCAGCUUCAGCAGGGGAUCAAACGCAAAAGCCUCAAACCAAACCUAUUACUACGGAACCAUCUUCAACAUCACCUACAACUACUAGCGCUGAAAAACUCCAGCUUCCGGCAGCUUCCGAACUGACCACGACUCGUACAACUGACCGAGUACUAGCUUCCGCUACAGCCGACGCGCUUCUACCAACUCCCACUUCCGGCUUACAUGACCCUUCCGUGUCGCAGGUGACGACUGUGGGAAAAUUCGCUUCGGACUUCCAAGACGUUGGGGAGAAGACCCUCAAUCGCUCAGAGCAUCACUUGCCUGAAGAAGAUACCACUAGUCCAGUCCGACCAGCAGAAUCAACAACACCAGUCGCGGGAUACCCGCAUGUUCUUGUCAUCAACAAUUCCUUUGAUGCACAGAGGCCCGGCACAACGGCGUAUAGCACCCGUCGGCCUGCCACACAGGCUGGAGGACUAGUAAAAUUCGCUGCAGCUCCUGGCAGCUCGCCUCAGAAAGUACUAGGUGGUAGAACUUCUGCUUCGUCCUCUGGCGUGGAUCCGCGAUCAUACAACCUAUAUGCGACAAUGAGUGAGCGCGUAUCAACUGCACCGGCUCUGGCGGCUGCGCUAUUGGGGACUAGGCGCGCAGGAGGUGGAGCGCAGCGUGGCCUUCGCGGCGCCGCAGGUGGCUCACAUCCGUCUCAAUCUACUGGUGCUAAGAGGAAGUCCGUAGCGUCGCGUGGCAGACCGAGCAGUCACCUCUUCUAUGCAGAGGGUAGUUGUACCUCUGAGGAGACGCACAUGGUUUCUUUCGGUGGAGAGUCCAGGCGAAGUGACUUGUUCUCUCCAGGCAAAGCGGCCGCGAAAAACCGACAAAUCCUCGACGUCUACACCAAUACUAGUAAUCGCCGAGGUGGAGGGGCCAAUACUAGCACAUCAUCUUCAGGCCCUGGGUGCGCAUCUUCACAACUUGUAAGUCCACAAGUAGUUUCCAAGAUGAGUACUAGAGCAGGAAGUCGAAGUGGAAGCUCUUCGUCCGGAGGGAUGAAAGCAGUACGUAGUGCAGGUUCCCUCUUCAUGCGAAACAACUCGCUAGGAGGAGGUCUGUUUGCUGGUGAAGACGCGCCUCAGUUGCUGCAACUCGCGUCGAUUGCCGAGAACUCGUCUAGCAAGGGCUCCGCUUCGGAGGAAGAGAUUGUAGAAACUGGUGGUGCGCCUCGUCGUCGCGCUAUCUCAGUAACCGCGACAACAACAGCAGUACGUCGGAAUCCACCCCAAGGGCGUCGGUCACUGCAGGAGCAGAACCAUUAUCCACCUGGUUAUGGGGACGGCUCGCGCUCGGAAGCUGAAGAUAAUGCGGGUGUGGAGAUGAACCUGCAAGUUCUACAGAAUGUCGAGACAUCAGCCUCCGCAAAUGCUAAGCGCAACGCUUUCCGUGAGUUCCGUCAGGGAAGCUACUUUCGCGACUGGACAACCUCGGAGAAACCAUUAUAUUCCUACAAUAUCGGGGCGGCGGGCCACGCACCGAAACAGGACAUUGCAACGGCAGUUCAGAGAAUCAGAGAGGAAACGAAACAAAACAUUACGCGUCUCCGAAAGCAAAAGAUACAUGCUGCACUCGAGCCAGUUGUAGCAUGAAGUAAGCACAACUUCUAAGUACACUUUUUUUCCUCUGCUGUAUCUGUCGAAAGUUCGAUACUAUUAUCUGCCUUUAAGUACUAGAAGAAAUGGUGUAGUAAAACGUCGAGAGCCAGUUGUACAUUAGAUUUAGAAGAUUAACCAAAUCAUUUGGUUAAUCUUCUAAAUGUUGAUGAAGAUUAACAGCUCAGAUAAUCGAAAAAUUGGACUACGAAACGAUAAUGAGAACCACAGAUGAUUGUUGCAUGAUCUUUUUUAGCUCUACCCUUCCAAGAAGUUAUUUCUAAUUCCACAUUUGCAAAUAUCAUUAGCCAACACAGAUUUGACAACGAUGAACUCAACCAAAAGCUUGAUUGAAAUCGUAUAUCAGAUUAAGUGAAUUUGAAUGAAUAGAACUGACUUUUAACGCAUGACGAAGACAAAAUAUACAGAAUGAAGAUUAUUUUGUUUUACAUUUACUCUUGAAUAGAACCUCCAGCACAACAGAUACAGAAAGGAUAUCUGCAUUAAGCAUGUCCCUGCUGUUGAUUUCUUGGUUUCUUGUUCUUGAUAAAAGCUUGAUCUUGAUUGAAACUAUCACGAUUGCGAAUCGAUCGACACUAUAGAAAAGCGUAGACGGGCUCUUGUUAUUUGUUGUGAAAAAGAUACCGACACAAUUACAAAUGCGGAACUUCUCCAAGUCAAUAGUACUUAAUACCAUUACAUGACUGACACUUCUGACGUUAUCCAUGUAAGUAUAAUUUUACCUUUAAAAUUAAAGCACGACUACCAGGAUGGAAUAAUCGCUAAUGCUUGCCCUUGCACUCGUGUGCGUCACAAUUCGUACGAGAAAGCAAGACGUUAAUGUACAGCCGUAUCCCUGCUAGAAGAGAAACCUGUACCAGACGAGGAAGAAAUAGAAAAAACAGUAAUUCUGGUAAACGCGCCUGCCCGAAUUCAUACUCAUGGUCAUUCUUAAUCAUGCUGGUUCAGGG